AUGUCUUCAACCAGCGGGACCUUUGAGAUCUCAAAUCUCGGGGCAUUAUUUAUUUUCGGCCUUGUCUGGAUCGUGGCCAUUGGCAUAUUCCCUCUUUUAGUGCUUGUACUCUCCUCUCCAGACCAAGAGCCCAAAGGAUGCCGACGACUGGGUCUUCCUUCAGGUCAAAGCAAUCUGUCCGAUGAAUAUGACCAAAAAUACAAUGACGGUGUACCCAGUGAUCAAAAAGAAGACAAUGGUCUUCCUUCCUGGCGGGUCAAAGCACUCUUCAUAUACCCGUUGAAAUCAUGCGGCGGCAUCGAACUACAAAAGUCCGAUGUCGUGGGUACGGGCCUUGAAUUCGAUCGUCAAUUUGCUUUUGCUGAGAAUACCGCUGAUGGAUGGAAUUGUCGCACUCUGCGCAAUGCCGGUUUCCAGCGUAUGGCAUUGAUUCACACGGAGAUAUGGAUUCCUGACCCUUCGUCGCCAGAGUAUGAUGACCGCCGGCCGGAGAUGCAGUCGGAAGGUGUGAUGAUUAUUUCGUAUCCAAGGGUUGCACCCUCUGGACCUUUAGGUGUUCUCGUCAGAAUCGCCAUGAUGACCCGUCUCCUUGAUUCUCGUCGUUCAUUCCAGGUCCCUCUCGUCCCUUCCAAGGACAGCAAGUACCCAGCAGUCCCAGUGAGAAUCUGGAAAGACAGGCCGCUUGCAUACAACUACGGCACUGUCCUUCCACCUUCACUGCAUACAUACCUGGGCUUCGAUCCCUCAAGCUCUCCUCUAAGUCUAUUCCGCGCCCACCCAUCCCACAACCGGGAAAUUUUCCGGAACGCACCGUGCAAAGAGCAAAUCGGUUUCCAGCCAAACACCGCCUUUGCAGACGCAUAUCCAAUCCACCUCCUCAACAUCGCCAGUCAUCGGGACGUCGCUAUGCGCUGCGCAGAUGCCAUCCCAUGUUUGAGUAUUAGGCGGUUCCGGGCGAAUAUCAUCGUCCAGGGUCCGGAGGCUUUUGCCGAGGAUCAUUGGAAGAGGAUGGAGAUUGGGGAGACGGAAAUUUAUGCCGCGUGUCGUACUGUGAGAUGUCGAUUGCCAAAUGUAGAUCCUGAUACUGGGGAGCGUGAUAAGGUUGAGCCGGAUCGUACGUUAAAGGAGUAUCGGCGGGUUGAUGAGGGUGAUCGGACGAAUGCGUGUUUGGGGUUGCAGCUUGUGCCUGCUGUUGAGAAGUGUUGUAUUGCUGUUGGUGAUGAGGUGAGGGUUUUGGAGACGGGGGAGCAUCGGUAUAUUAAGAUGUUGGCGCCUGGGGAGAAGGUUGAGGGUGUAUGA